AGCCAGAACUAAACCAGGACUAAACCAAGAUUAAACCAGGUCUAAAGAAUAUUCUGUGUAUUCUCAGAUCCUGAGCUUGUUUUGCCUUGGAGUUUUUUCAUUAUUAAGGAUUUGUGACAUUUUAAAGAGGUCCAGAUGGCGGAGCAGAUGUCUGAAGACCCGGACCUUUUCUCAGAACAAGAGCUCACCUGUUCCAUCUGUUUGGACCUGUUCAACCAGCCGGUCUCUACCCCUUGUGGACACAACUUUUGUCAGGCGUGUAUAGGAGGAUACUGGGCUUCCUCACCUGUCUGCACGUGCCCCCUGUGUAAGCGUCAGUUUGAUGAGCGCCCCCUGUUGUCGGUGAACCGCGUUUUCGCCGCCAUCGCAGACAAAUACAAACUGAAGCGCUAUGGCAUCGGUCCAAGCCCCAGAGCCGAUGACUACUUCCUGUCUACGGAGGGAGGGGCUAUGGCAGCGGAGGGGGCGGGGGCUAUGGCAGCGGAGGGGGCGUGCUCAGAUGAGAAGGGGUUUGACCUGGAGCGUGUGAAGCUCGGCGAGACGGUGUGGUGUGACGUGUGCACAGGUCUGAAGCAGCCGGCCGUCAGCUCGUGUCUAACGUGCACGGCCUCAUACUGCUCUGAGCAUGUGACUCCUCACCGCACCACAGCCUUCUACGCCUCACACACCCUGCUCAACCCACAGGAGGCGCUCAAGGGACGCACCUGUGAGGAGCAUCAUCGCAUGCUGGAGGUGUUCUGUCGCUCGUGCCAGCGUUGUAUUUGUGCCAUUUGUGUUUUGGAGGAACAUCGCACUCACAAAACUGUGUCAGUGCAGACGGAGCGCCUCAGCAAACAAAAGCAUGUAUCUCGGACGGAGCAGGAGAUCGUGACGCGGAUCAAACACAGAGAACUCAGACUGAACGAACUGAGACGCAACCUGGUCUCAGUCAAGGCCUACGCAGACGGUGAGAGCUCAGAGAUAGACCGUCUCUUGGACUCUGUGGUCCAGGCUGUAGACCAGGUCCGGACUCAGGUUGUGGGCGGGAUCCAGAACCAGCUCGACAGUGUGAUGUCUCAGGGGACGGAGCUAAUGCAUCGACUGGAGGCGGACCUUAACAACCUGAACCAAAAACGAACUGAAAUGGAAACUAUGGCCACGAGUCAAGACCACAUCCGCUUCCUACAGAGUGUGGACCUGGCGGCGCUCCCUGCAGACACAGAGGAUGACGAGGAGCCGUUUAGUCUCCAAUUCCAUCUGUCUGAGGUGAAGUCUGCGCUGCUGCAAGUCAAAGACAAGAUAGCUGACAUCCAGAUGGGCCCGGUCCAGACCCGGGACCAGACCCGGGACCUGGGCCAGGGCCGAGACUCCUACGGCUCCAGUCUGCUGCCGGACCUUGCGUCGGUCGAGAGUAUGUUAAGUCUGAGAGGAAGCACCAACAGCCUCCGACGCAGCCCGUGGAACAUCAAAGACGUAAAGAAGAACAAGCCGAUCUCAGGACACAAAAAGGCAAAAGUCUACAUGGAGGACGUGGUCUUGAACCCGAUCUCGGCGUACCCGUUUUUGAUUCUGUCAGAGGACCGUAAACAGGUCAAACGCGGCGAGAAGCUUCAGUUUUACCGGAACAGUCCCCAACGCUUCGACGUCUGGUCCUGCGUCACUGCCAAAGAGGGCUAUGCCGCCGGACGCCACUACUGGGAGGUGUUCGUGGGGGAGAACAAAGACUGGAAAGUGGGCGUGGUCUCGGAGGUGGCGCAGAGGAAAGGGCUGUUCGACAUGAGUCCUCCAAAUGGAUACUACGCCCUCUGGUGGAGCGGCGGGCAACUGCGAGCACUCACCACCCCUCCCCUCACCAAGGUAAAGGCCCCCCCAAAGCUGCGGCAGGUGGGGGUGUUUCUGGACCAUGACAUUGGGCAGGUGUCGUUCUUUAAUGCGAAAACUGGCUCCGAGAUCUACAGCUUCAACCAAGGAGCCGAGUUCACUGAGAGAAUGCUCCCCCUGCUGGGGACGGGCGACAAGGAGGUGCCCCUGGUGCUCAUGACCACACAGAACCAACUUUAGACCGGGUCUAGACCAGGGUCAAGACCAGCACCAGGACUAAGUCAAGUCAAAUUUAUUUCUAAAGAACUUUUAAAGACAUCAGCGCUGCCCCAAAGUGCUGCACAAAGGUGAUAUACAAAUUUUAUAAAACAAAACAUGCAAAAAUACAGUAGAACAAAACAAGUACAAAUAGGACCGAGAACAGGACAGAAUGCUCCCCCUGCUGGAGAGGGGCGAUAAGGAGGUCGCCCUGCUGUGUGUGUGACCAAUCAAAGUGUUGUCAUGUGACGUGUGUGUGAGCCAACGAGAGCAUUCAAUUUUUAAGAAAAUAAACUGUAAAUGUUAAUAAAAGUAUUUCUGUUC